CGCUAGAACCGUAAAGCCACAGUGGUGGAGGAGUCGUUAACAUCGGGCUGACGUCCUUAUCAGCGGUCGUGUUUACUGUGCAGUGUCUCGGUGUCGACCAGCGAUAUUAGCCACAGUGGACGCAUUUUGAGCAGACAUCUGCCUUUGUACCCCGGGUAACACCGAACUCUAACGCCCUGGGUCAACACAGGUGCACCAUGUUACAGAGCAGAAACGUAUGGAGACUCCGGGACUGGAAAUGCCGACAAAGGAGCUGCAUCCUGGCUUUUGGAGGAACGUCAGAGCGGCAUCUUCAGCAAAGGAAAUAUGCUGUUUACAAGCACAUAAAAAGGGAAUACCAAGCAGUCUUCAGCCUCCUACAUCGCUCUGGUCUUAGGACUACACAUCAGCUUUCAAAUUACCUUCAAGUAAGAAGUAUACAUUCUACAGGUUCAGCCCCUCAGCAACAGCAGAAGCCACCCCAAAAUGGUGAUGACAAGAAACCAAACAAGGAUGAUGAAGAUGAUAGUAAAAUUUCAUCAUUGCUUGCUAAAGCCUUUUUGUGGAUGCUGACUGCAUAUAUGCUUAUAGCAAUUGUCUCCCUUCUGUUUCCAAGUAGCAAUCAACCAGAGGUGAUUCGUUAUGUGUCAUGGAAUGAAUUUGUCCAUCAUAUGUUGGCCAAAGGAGAAGUGGAAGAAGUUAUAGUUAGACCUGAUGUUGACAUUGUGACCAUCAUUUUGCAUGAUGGUGCAAUUAUAAAAGGAAAAAGAAUUGAUCAUAAAACAUUUCACAUGAACAUUGUUGAUAUGAAGAGAUUUGAGGAGAAAUUGCGAGAAGCUGAAAGAAAUUUGGGCCUCACAGUUGAUAAUGGAGUCCCCAUCAUCUAUGAAAGAAGUUCGGACACAGCUGGAAAGUUACUGGCCUCACUCAUUGUCGUUGGUUUGUUGUUAUCCGUGCUGUCACGCAGUAAAAGUAUCAGGCCUCCAAUCAGCAUGGAUACUUUUACACAACUUGGUCGGGCAAAGUUUACAUUGGUUGAUCCACUUACUGGGCCAGGUAAAGGAGUUCAUUUUUCUGAUGUAGCUGGUUUAAAAGAGGCUAAACAAGAGGUUAUGGAAUUUGUUGACUACCUCAAACGCCCAGAACAUUAUAAACGUUUGGGUGCUAAGGUGCCUAAAGGAGCACUGUUACUUGGACCACCUGGAUGUGGGAAGACACUGCUUGCCAAAGCUGUUGCAACUGAGGCUAAUGUUCCUUUCUUAUCCAUGAAUGGCUCAGAGUUCAUCGAGAUGAUAGGUGGUCUUGGAGCCGCAAGAGUUCGGGAUUUAUUCAAAGAGGGACGAAAACGAUCCCCAUGUAUUAUUUACAUUGAUGAGAUUGAUGCUAUUGGUCGCAAACGCAGUGCAGGUAUCGGUCAGUUUGAUGAGGCCUCUGGAGAAGGGGAACAGACCCUCAAUCAGCUGCUUGUUGAGAUGGAUGGUAUGGCUUCCAAGGAAGGAGUUAUUAUGCUGGCUUCAACCAACAGAGAUGAUGUUUUGGACAAAGCACUUCUAAGGCCUGGAAGAUUUGAUCGGCAUAUUCUGAUAGAUCUGCCAACUUUAGAAGAGAGGAAGCAAAUAUUUGAACAACAUUUGAAGUGCAUCUCUCUUGAAAACUCUCCUGAAAAUUAUUCAAAACGCUUGGCACACCUGACACCUGGUUUCAGCGGUGCUGAUAUAGCUAAUGUCUGCAAUGAAGCUGCUUUACAUGCUGCCCGUUAUAAACAGACUAUAGUGCGUGGAGAGAACCUAGAAUAUGCAGUGGAGCGUGUAGUUGGUGGUACAGAGAAGCGAAGCCAUGUUAUGUCACCGGCAGAGAAGAAGGUGGUGGCUUACCACGAGUCUGGUCAUGCUAUUGUUGGCUGGAUGCUCCGCUACACCGACGCUCUCCUCAAAGUAACCAUUGUUCCUCGCACCACUCUGGCUUUGGGAUUUGCACAGUACAUGCCAACUGAUCAGAAGUUGUAUUCUAGAGAAGAGUUGUUUGAACGAAUGUGCAUGGCACUGGGAGGGCGUGUCGCUGAAUCACUCACGUUCAACAGCAUAACAACUGGUGCACAGAAUGACUUGCAGAAGGUGACUAAGAUGGCGUAUGCACAGGUGCGUGUCUAUGGCAUGAGCAAGUUGGUGGGUCUGGUUUCUUUUCCUGAAGAAGAGACAAGAGAAAUUGGGAAACGUCCGUACAGCAAGCGAAUGACUGCUCUGAUUGAUGAAGAGGCUUACAGACUGGUGACUGCUGCUUACGUGAAAACAGAGCAGGUUCUCAAAGAGAAUAAGGAGAAGCUUGAACUGUUGGCUGAAACUCUUUUGAAAAAGGAAACAUUAAACUAUGACGAUGUGGAGAAAUUGAUAGGUCCACCGCCUUUUGGGAAAAAGAGGCUUGUUGGUCCAGAAGAGUUUGAACAGUCCGUGAACAAGGAAGCCGGGGAAGAAAAAUCACAACAGCAGCAACAGAUUUGAAACUAGCUUGCAAGAUAGUUGUCUUUGUGAUAAUUAUAAUUAUUACAUCUCUCUCAAUAAAGAUAAAUCUUCAUUAAGAACUUAAGAUACCACUUUUCCUUAACCUUUAGUGGGUGGACUUGACCAAAGUGGGUCAGGCAGCUGGACGUUUUCUGCAGUAAGUAAAGUCUUUUCUCAGUUGGACUUUGCAUUCACAAUUGGUACUGGAAAGAUUUGUGUAUUUUGAAAGUGUUUGAUACAAUAUUGUAAUAUAAACUUAGCGAAACAAAAUACAUUUGCAAGUCGUGUAAUUUAA